GGGGGAGGGACGGAUGGCCCCCGGGCGGGCAGACAAUGGACAACGGAUGGAACCGCCCGGCGGCGUUUCCUGUAGGAAACUGCUCUGUCUCCGUGAGGCCGUCCUGAGGGGACAGGGAGGUGGGGGGUGCUGACCUCAGGACCUCCCCCUCCCCCCAUCAUCAGCCUCCACUCCCACUUCAGGGGUCUGAGACUCCCGCCCCAAAGUUACGGGGUGCCACCACCCAGAGCCUCAGUCCGGGAAGACGCCCCUCCCCAAGACCGGGAUCUGCACUGCCCGCCUCGUAUCCCACCCCUCAGGUUUUGUGAGCACAGCUCUGAGUCCCAAAAUAGUCCCUGGGGCGGGAGUGGGGGCGUGUGGCGUCGGCUCUGACGGCCUAAUAAGGGGGUCUCAGGCAGAGGAUCCGAAUCUAAGCUUGCCAGCUCGGGCAGGGAGCGGAGGAGAGGGGAGGGCAGUUGCACGCCUCCACUCCGGUGAGGCUGCAGCCCCUGGAGCCGCCACGGUUUGGGCCUGCUCUUCCCAUCGGGGACACACGCAGGGGACAGGCAGGAGGGCUGUUUAUAGAAAGCUGUCAAGUGGAGGGGUCAAUGCAGAAACACUGGCAAAGCUGCAGGGUUCAAAUCCUGCUUCUGCCCAUGUCCGACUUUGGCUGGGUCACUUAAUCCCUGUGUCUCAGUUUCUCCAUCUGCACAAUAGGGGGAAAGAAUAACCUACCUCAAAGGGUUUACCUAGGAUUUUUUUUUAAGUUACCCAUAAAUUGCUUAGAAUAGAGGCUAGCCCAUAGUAAAUGGCAAAAGUCAUUGGCAUAUUUUUAUUUACCAUUCUUGGGGCAUCCACCCAUUUUUCAGGUCAGUCUCUGGGUCUGGCUGCUCCAGCUGGUUUGGGGCUUAGGAAUGACUCACAGCUGUUUUUUUGAAUUCCCAGGGUCUCAGAUUUGGGUGUAACCAGGUCCCCGGAGUGGGGGGGCUGACCCCACGGAGUCACAUGGCCAGCUGUGUGUGAGGCAAGCCCAGACCCCUAAGCCCCAGCCCAGGUUUUUUCCAUGACCCAGCUCUUCCCUGGCAGUUUCCUGAAAACAAGUCCUGAGAGGCACUGGCUGUCCUCCGUGUUGCCCUGCUGGCCGGCCCCUUGCAGCCAGUGUGAGGGGACGGGAAACAGCUGCUUCAGGACUGGAAGUUCCCCAUCACUCUCCCUCCUUGGGGUGGGUUGGGGGAGGUGUCAGGGACCCAGGCUGGACAGAGUGGUGAGUGGGAGGGUUCUCCCAGCUGUGGAGCAGAAUGAGUCCGGUAGACCAAUGGGUGCUCAGUUGCUGGUGGGUAUUAGGCACGCAGGUGGUCAUCCGGAGUGCAAGAGACCAGAAGGGGUGACUGGGAAGGUUGCCAGAUGGUUAGCACAGAUGGGCAGUAGGUCAGGAAGAGUACAGAUCGGGUCUGGCAGGCACCUGCUGGUGGAGGACUGGGCAGACAAGAGGUCCCCGCCAGAAGAUGAAAGCCCAGCCUGAGGGCAUUUCCCAUAGGCAAUUGACUUUACUGCUUUAUGCCUUCAUAUCCCCCAUCUGGAAAAGGGGGAAGCAUCCUACCUUGCAGGAUUAUACUUGUGGGGGGGGGUUUACAUUUAGUCAGGCCAGGCAUAGAGUAGGCACUGGAUACAAACUGCUUUCCCUUCCCUCAGGGUUUUUCACAUGAGCUCUUCAAAGCCCCAUCUUUCCUGCCCUAUACCCUCUGAAUCAAAUUUCUGGACUCAAUAUUUGUCCUUGUUAAAUAUCACAUUAUUAGAUGUGGCCCAAUCUCCCCAGUUUCUUAGCGCCUCCAUCACAUCACCUGAAGUGUCUGUAUCCCUUUAGCCCUAAGCAUAGCCACAGCUCCGAGUUUUUUGUUUGUUUGUUUUUGUUUUGUUUUCUUGUUUUUGGCCUCAACACAUGGCACGGCUUGUGGGAUCUUAGUUCCCUGACCAGGGAUUGUACCCGGGCCCUCAGCGGUGAAAGCACCGAAUCCUAACCACUGGACAACCAGGGAAUUCCCUAGCCACAGCUCUGACAACCUGGGUGCUUGUGGUUCCACUACAAUCUCUUACAAGCCAAGGGCAGAGCCCUGUGGCACUCCAGUAGAGACAUCCCAGGAAGACUGGUAUCCAUUGAUUUGCAUCCUUGGUGCACCUGGCCCACAGCUCUCCAUCAUUCCUAAAGGAUCUCACAAGUGACCCUGGUAUAAAUUCAGAUGUACGUGAGCCCUCGAAGGGCUUCCAGCCUUCGCCUUCCUCUUCUGGAUGUUCACACUCCACCCCUUUGAGCAUCAAUUUCUUUCUUUCUUUCUUUUUUUUUGGUACGCGGGCCUCUCACUGUUGUGGCCUCUCCCACUGCGGAGCACAGGCUCCGGACGUGCAGGCUCAGCCGCCAUGGCUCACGCGCCCAGCCGCUCCGCGGCAUGUGGGAUCUUCCCGGACCGGGGCACGAACCCGCGUCCCCUGCAUCGGCAGGCGGACUCUCAACCACUGCGCCACCAGGGAAGCCCUCAAUUUCUAAUUUUCCCCAGGGACCGAAGAAAACUCAGCAGGUCUGGAAUGCACCUCACCCUGCCCCCGCCCCGGCUGCUCUCUUUCUCUUGAUCAUCAUCCUCUUUUUCUUUCUUUUUUUUUUUUUUUGCCACGCCAUGUGGCAUGCAGGAUCCUAGUUCCCCAACCAGGGAUCGAACCCUUGCCCUUGCCAUGGAAGCACGGAUUCCUAACCACUGGACCACCAGGGAGUUCCCCUCUCUUCUCCUUUUGAUGCCCUUCCUGCCUCCUCCUGCCCAGCAGGCUGAGGCCUGGCAUAGUCCGGACUGACCCCAGAGGCACAGCCAGAGGGACAGGGCCCAGCCCCACUCUCACCCCCUCUGGGGGCUACUCCAGGAAACAUGGCCAAGUUUGCCCUGAAUCAGAACCUGCCUGACCUGGGCGGCCCUCGCCUGUGCCCCAGCGUGACUGGGGGAGCUCGCAGCCCGAGUUCGCCCUACUCGGUGGAGACGCCCUAUGGCUUCCACCUGGACCUGGACUUCCUCAAGUACGUGGAGGAGCUGGAGCGCGGCCCCGCCGCCCGCCGCGCCCCGGGCCCCCAGCCCGCGCGCCGCCCCCGCGCGCCACGGGCCGGCCUCGCAGGCGCGCGCAGCCCAGGCGCCUGGACAUCCUGCGAGUCCCUGGCCAGUGACGAUGGCGGAGCACCGGGCGCUCUUUCCCCGGGCGCACCGUCGGGGCUCAUGCUGCUGCCGCUAUCGCCGCGCGCACCCGUGCGCAAUCCGCGCGUCGAGCACACGCUCCUGGAGACCAGCCGGCGGUUGGAGCUAGCGCAGGCGCACGAGUGCGUGCCCAGCCCCGGCCGCACGAUCCCGCGCAGCCCGCGCGGGUCCGGCCACAGCAGUCCCGCCCCCAACCCGGCCCUGGCCUCGCCCGGCCCCGCGCAACUGCAGCUGGUGCGCGAGCAGAUGGCAGCGGCGCUGAGGCGCCUGCGCGAGCUCGAGGAGCAGGCGCGCGCGCUGCCCGAGCUGCAGGAGCAGGUGCGCGCGCUGCGCGCCGAGAAGGCGCGGUUGCUUGCCGGGCGCCGGCAGCCCGAGCCCGACGGGGAGGCCGAGGCGCGCCCGGACAAGCUUGCUCAGCUGCGGCGGCUCACCGAGCGCCUGGCCACCUCUGAGCGCGGCGUUCGCGCCAGGGCCAGCCCCGGGGCUGAUGGCCCCGACGGGUCGGCUUCUAGCCUCAGUGAGGGUGCGCUGCAGGUCCUCGAUGGGGCGCCCCAGACGCGGGAUACAGGCACCCAGACCGUGCCGGAGACUCAAGAGGCGGGAGCCCAGGCGUUGCCGGAGACCCAGGAGGCCGGCGUGGGGGCAGCUCCCGAGACCCUCGAGGCGGAAGUGUGGGUGACGGAGGCUCUGCUGGGGCUGCCCGCGGCCGCCGAGCGCGAGCUGGAGCUGCUUCGCGCCAGCCUGGAGCAUCAGCGCGGGGUGAGCGAGCUCCUGAGGGGUCGCCUGUGCGAGCUGGAGGAGGCCCGCGAGGCUGCCGAGGCCGAGGAGGCACAGGCAGCGGUGGCGGCCCAGCCCCAGCCGUGCGAGGCUGCCACCCAGACCCCGUGGAGUUGUGCCGAGAGGGCCACGCAGACCGAGCCCGCUGUGGAGGCCCCUGCCCCGACGCAGGAGAACCUGCCCGGACCCACGGAUGGGGACAGGGCAGUGGCACCCGCGGGCACUCUCAAAUCCAUUAUGAAGAGGAGAGACGGUACACCUGGCGCCCAACCCAGCCCCGGACCCAAGAGCCUGCAGUUUGUUGGGGUCCUCAACGGAGAGUACGAGAGCUCAUCCAGCGAGGGCGACAGCGACAGCGAGGACGGCGCUGCCGAGCUCCCGAGGAGCAGUUCGUCGGGCUCAGGAGACGACAGCGGCGGGGGAUCCGACUCCGGGACCCAUGGCCCUCCCAGCGGCGGGGAGGCCCGGGACCCCGAGCCGGAGGCAGAGCCAGAGCCUCAGCCGGCCGCGCAGGGGAGUAGGUGCGAGCUGAGCCCGCGUUUGAGGGAGGCGUGCGCAGCGCUGCAACGGCAGCUGAGCCGGCCCCGCGGAGUCGCCCGCGACAGUGGCGCGGCGCGCCUGGUGGCCCAGGAGUGGUUUCGAGUGUCGAGCCAGCGGCGCUCUCAAGCGGAGCCCGUGGCCGGGGUGCUGGGCGCGGUGGUGCGCCUGGGACGUGAGCUGCUGGAACACGUGGUGAACCUGACGGAUGGCAACGGGAACACAGCCCUGCACUACAGCGUGUCCCAUGGGAACCUGGCCAUCGCGAGCUUGCUGCUGGAUACAGGGGUCUGCAAGAUUGACCACCAGAAUCGAGCUGGCUACUCCGCCCUCAUGCUGGCUGCACUCACCUCUGUGGGGCGAGAGGAGGACAUGGCCGUGGUCCAGAGACUCUUCCGCAUGGGCAGCGUUAAUGCCAAGGCCAGCCAGACGGGACAGACAGCCCUCAUGCUGGCCAUCAGCCACGGCCGCCAGGACACGGUAGCAGCCCUGCUGGCGUGUGGGGCAGAUGUGAACGUGCAGGAUGCAGAUGGGGCCACAGCGCUGAUGUGCGCCAGCGAGUAUGGGCGCCUGGACACUGUCCGGUUGCUCCUGGCCCAGCCAGGCUGUGACCCCGCCCUCCUGGACAACGAGGGCACCAGUGCCCUGGCCAUUGCCCUGGAGGCUGAGCAGGAUGAGGUGGCCGCCCUGCUGCAUGCCCACCUGAGCUCAGGCCAGCCCGGUCCCCCGCUGCCCUCUGACCGCCCCACGGCCAAGCCUAGUGAAGGAGGCUGCAGUGACGGUGGAGAGGACCCCCCACCUCAGUGACUGGCCUGACACACUGGACCUGGAUUGGGGGAGAGCUUUCCCUCGCCCACCUCAACCUCGGGGCACAGCAAGGGUCAGGGUCCACAGGGAGGGGCUCAGCUUGAACUCUGCAGGGUGAGGUGGGACCUGAGGCACUCUGGUCCACUCACUUCUCCAAACUUUUUCCUUAAUAAAACAUUCCUAACUCA